UUUAAUAGUUGUUAAUUAUAUAUAACUAAAAUGGAAAAUUAUUAUAAAGGGAAAAAUGUUGAGGAGGACUUAGAGAGAGACAAGAUACCAAUUAAAGAUUUGCCGGUAAACUUUCUUUGGAUGCAAGUUAAAGGUGGAAGUAAAAUGGGAAAUUUGCUUGCACAUGCAUCCGGUAUAUUGGAGGAUAAAACGACAACAGCGAUUGUUUGGAGUGCUGCAGGAGUGGGAAUCCCAAAGGCUAUUUCUUGUGCAGAAAUUUUAAAACGACAGUUUUCAAUCGGAUAUCAAAUUACCAAAUUGACACAUAAAAAUGUAGAAGAAUAUUGGGAACCUAAAUUAGAUGGACUUGAAACAAUUAUAGUCAAACGGAAAAUACCUGUAAUACACAUAUUACUGUCUGUCACUCCAAUCACUGAUACUACUGAACUUGGAUAUCAAACUAUAGAAGGAAAGAAAUUUUGGCAUAAAGAGGUUACUACUAGUAAUACAAAGCCAAAUCAAUCAUAUAAAUCUAAAAAACCUUUUAAAUACAAGAAAGCUGUUAUGAAUUCAUAGAAUGUAAAUAAACAAUACUUUUAGUUUGA